AUGACCGCCACGUGCAGCGUGUUGACGUGUGCACGCCUCACAGCAAGCGCCAGUGAGACUGAAAAAGUGUCUGAGCCUCAGUGGCCUGAGAAUGGAGGUGAGUGGAGUGAUGGAGAGGAUGGGACCAACAUGGACUGUGGGCUCCUGCAGGCCAUGGCUGAGGAGGAUGAGGAGAUAAAUAUCUUCAAUGAAGAGACGUUUGGAAUGGAUCUUGAUGCACAUGGGACCACAGAGCAUCCCAGCGGCAGUCUUCAGUUUGGAGAGCCACCAGCUCCUCCGCCAACACCUCCACCACCAGACCCCAAACCUCUGUCUCCCCACAGCUCCCCCUCCCCUCCCAGACAGAGGCAACAGUAUCUGCCCCGGGCUCCCCCUGGGCAGCGUAGCAGAGGUAGAGGACACAGGGGAGGUCUGGGCAGGGGGCAAAUGUUUGAAGACCCAGCUGUGAUGAGGAUAGUGGAGGGGCGUCCAAGCCUCAAGAGUCUUGACAGUGCCAUAGUGGACUGUGGGAACGCCAUGUUCCAUAAAACCUUUGAAGAUGAUGUAAGUACGGGGAGAUUCAUGUUUCCUUCAACCCACCGCUGCCCCUCCACUCCUCUGAAUCCUAAAAUGAUGCAGCUGCGCUUUGGUGCCAACUCACCAAGACCGUCCCCCUUUGACAGCCCCUCGUCUAAUCCAGUGCAGCAUUUCAGGUACCCCGGUCCUGUCACCCAGCUCCACCCUCAACAUAAACGUUUACUUAGUCAAAAACAGCGCAUAUUCCAAAGAAAAUCAGAGGGUUGGGAUCCUUACCGUAACCUCAUGACGGGCAAAGAGAAGGAGUGGAUCACCAGGCUGCAGAUGAUUCAGCUGCAGAGUGAGAAUCCUUACCUUGAGGACUACUAUUACCAGGAGUACUAUCGACGAAUAGAAGCCAAGAUGGCCGAGGAAGAGCUUGGCAUCAGGAGCAAGAGGGAGCCACCCAAGCUCACCACACCUUACAUCACAAAGACUGACUCCUACACACCAGUGGUGCACAUUGAAGGCUCUUUGGGUCAAGUUGCUGUGUCCACAUGUUACUCUCCUCGUCGUGCCAUCAGUGCAGUUCACGCAGAACAAAAAGACACCAGACAACAGCGGUUAGAGGUCCUCAGCAAAAUAGAAAAGCUGUUCAUGGCUCUGUUGGAGGUCGAGGAAACAGAAAGGAUGAAAACCACAGUCUUGUCUGAGGCAGAAGAAAGAAGGCUGAUGGAGAAGACCCAGAGGAAGGUGGAGCACAUCUACUCCCAGCUGCAACACCACGACCCUCUAGAUUCAGGAGGGGAGUUUCUUCCUUUCCUGCUGGUCUCAAAAGGCAAAAGGCUUUUCGCCCGUCUAAUCCCGUUCCUGAAACAUGAUUCUGCAAUGAAAAUCUUGCGUAUUGUGGCCUCUAACCUUCCUACACUGAUGAGCCGAGAUGCAGAAGAGGCGCUUCCAGUGCUCUACCCACCUCUUCGAAAUGUGAUUGGUGGCCUGGCGUUCAGUCAGCUGAUUAGGGUCCUCAAAGAUCUGACGUCAUCCGAGUCUCUAUCAACAUACGAGUGCCUUACACUGGCAUGUCAGAACAAGUUUGGACUGUCCUUACUGUAUGCUCUCCUGUCCCAUGGAGAGAAGCUGCUGUCUUCAGGUGUUCCUCUCGAGCCCAGCAUCGGUGACUUUGAGACCUGGACUGACACAAUAUUCCAGGUGGCGGGACAGCUGUCCCAGUGUUCACUGGUGGAGCCGCUCCUUCUGCCUUCAAACCUGCUCACUCUCUUCUGCCGUUACCUGGACAAGCGAACUGUGCAUCAGCUGAAAAGCAACAUGGAGUCUGCGACUGGAUUCUUGGCUCUUCCAUCUUAA